AUGGACAAAAAAAAUUUAAAAGCAAAUGCUAGUGGUUCGUCUUCCACGACAGCCAAAUCCAAAAAAGCAUCGUCAUCAAAAGCCAUUGCUGCAAAACCAACAACAGCACCGGCAAGCAGAAAUGCCCCACUUCCCCGACCUGUCCGUCGGGUUGUUCAAAACUUCCUUCUCGUCUGGCUCGAUGCGAAUAUUGAUGAGACCAAGGAAGAUUUUAAAAUGUCAUUAAAACAUCUACGGCAUAUUGUGGCAUCCAUUACAACAUUUACGGAUGCCGCAGAAUGUUUUAAAUUUCUUGGUGAAAUUCAAAAUGAAAAAGUUUUCAUGAUUGUAUCUGGUGCAUUAGGACGACAAAUAGUACCAAAAAUUCAAGAACUACCACAAUUAGACUCAAUUUUUGUCUUUUGUGGCAAUAAAUCAGUGCAUGAACAAUGGACCAACAAAUUCUCGAAGGUCAAAGGUGUUUACACCGAUAUUAAAUCAAUUUGCCAAGCACUUGAGAUCGAUCGACAACGAUGUGAUCAAGCUAUGGUUUCGAUCAGUUAUAAUGGCCUAGAUCCGCUGUUCAUGUAUACUCAAUUAUUAAAAGAAGCACUGUUGGAAAUCGAAGACGAUGAUAAAAAAUCUAUUCAAGAUCUUGUUGAUUUUUGCCGUGUGGAAGACGAUAUACCAGAAGAUCAAAUUAAAAUAAUUGAACGCGAAUAUCGUGCUCAUACGCCAAUAUGGUGGUAUACAGCGGAAACGUUCAUUUAUCCAAUGCUUAAUCGUGGACUUCGACAAAUGGAUGUCGACAUAAUACUUAAAAUGGGCUUCUUCAUCCGCCACCUACACAAUCAUAUCGCAGAAUUACACCGCGAACAACAAGACACCGUACCAGUCAAAUUUCAAGUCUUUCGCGGACAAGGUCUGUCCAUGGAAGACUUUGAAAAGAUGAAAAAAUCCAAAGGAGGACUUAUGUCCUUUAAUAAUUUCUUGUCAACCAGUCACAAUCGUACGAUCUCACUGGAAAAUUUCGCACGGCCAGCCACACGAAAUUUUACUUCCGUUGGCAUACUCUUUGUUAUGGCCAUCGAUGCAGUGAUCUGCAUGAAAUCAUCGACAUAUUUCGCCGAAGUCAGCAAAGUUAGCUUUUUCCACAGCAAUGAAGAAGAAAUACUUUUUACAGCACAUACAAUUUUUCGCAUCGAUCGCAUUGAACGAAUUCACGACGAGCAUACAGAUCGGCUAUGGCAGGUCAAUCUCACCCUCUCAGGUAAUCAAGACGAUGAUUUUAAUAAACUUACGGCACGACUGCGAGCAGAGUUCACUUGGGUGAAAGGAUGGGCUCGGUUAGGCGAUAUACUAAUUAGCAUAGGGGAAUCCCAAAAAGCAGAACAUCUCUGUCAGAUGCUACUCGAAAAAGCAUCUACUGACAAAGAGCGAUCCGAUUAUAAUCAUCAGCUUGGUAAAGUGUAUGAUAACAUGGGCGAGUAUUCGAAAGCACUUUCAUUGUAUGAACGAUCACUUAAAAUCCGAAAAAUAGCUCUCCCUCCGAAUCAUCCCGACUUCGCUUCUUCCUACAACAACAUCGGUACAGUGUAUUUAAACAUGGGCGAGUACUCGAAAGCACUUUCAUCGCAUGAACGAUCACUUGAAAUCAAGAAAAUAGCUCUCCCUCCUAAUCAUCCCGACUUGGCUGCUUCCUACAACAACAUCGGUACAGUGUAUAGAAACAUGGGCGAGUACUCGGAAGCACUUUCAUCGUAUGAACGAUCACUUGAAAUUCAGAAAAUAGCUCUUCCUCCGAAUCAUCCAGACUUGGCUUCUUCCUACAACAACAUCGGUAUGGUGUAUAAUAACAUGGGCGAGUACUCGAAAGCACUUUCAUCAUAUGAACGAUCACUUGAAAUUCAGAAAAUAGCUCUUCCUCCAAAUCAUCCCGAUUUGGCUUCGUCCUACAACAACAUCGGUUCGGUAUAUUAUAAGAUGGGAGAGUACUCGAAAGCACUUUCAUCGUAUGAACGAUCACUUGAAAUCCGGAAAACAGCUCUCCCUCAUAAUCAUCCCGACUUGGCUUCUUCCUACAACAACAUCGGUACAGUGUAUUUAAACAUGGGCGAGUACUCGAAAGCACUUUCAUCGUAUGAACGAUCACUUGAAAUCAAGAAAAUAGCUCUCCCUCCUAAUCAUCCCGACUUGGCUUCUUCCUACAACAAUAUCGGUUUGGUGUAUUAUAAGAUGGGCGAGUACUCGAAAGCACUUUCAAAUUACGAAAUUGCUCAAGAAAUCUGGAAAAAGUCACUGCCUCCAACACAUCCACAUAUUCCCCUGGUCAAAAGAAACAUUGAAAGUGUGAAAAAGAAAAUGUAA